AUGAUCUUGUUUGGAGACAAGUUUGGGGCAUCUGUGCACUGGAAGUUCCCGCCUUUACUUCGUAAUUUUGGCAGUAUCGGACAGUAUAAUUGGGGAUCGGCUUGCCUAGCACACUUGUAUAGGGCGCUAUGCAGGGUAUCUCAUUUUGACUGUAAGAAAAUCGAUGGUUCACUAAUACUUCUACUAGUUUGGGCAUGGAUCUGUCUACCGUAUCUUGCGUCGAUUCCUAGGGAACCCUGCAGUUUUUCACUUGCAAAUAGGUGGCGUAACUGGGACUGUGGAGACCGACACUAUAAAUAUCUUACUCUUGCUCACUUUAGGAAGUCAUUGGAUGAUCUUCAAGAAGGCCAGUUUGUGUGGGUUGCUUAUGGUGUUGAUCGUAUUGAUCCAGACAUAAUUCCUGCAGACAUUUACAUGCACUCGGUUGUGUGUAGGGCUAUGGUGCUAUUGGUUUCAUUUGAAUGCAUUGAGUGGCAUGCAAGUGAUAGGUAUAAUCACGUUCUUACUGAGCAAUCCGUGCCUCCACAGUAUCCCUUAGAUAUUUACAUGCACUGGUACCGUACUAAAUAUGGCAACCAUCUGAACUUGUCGGAUCUUGUUGUUCAAGAGAAUGAUGAGGGUGAUCCAGUUAUAGAUGAUGACAAAGAUGGGGGGUAA